GGCGGCGUUGGCGUUGGCGGUGGCGGUGGUGGUGGUGGUGAUACCUACGGCCGCUGCCGGGGCUGAAUAUACUCGGGGGAUGCAUUUUGACACCCUGCCGCAGCAGGCAAAAGGACCCCGCGAGCAGGCGCCCGCCCGCCUCCCCCUCCACCUCUCGUCGCACCUUUUCUCCGGAUCUCUCGACACGGCAUUUUCGCUCGUGCCUGCCCGCGUGACGCCAGGGUUGCUUUCUCGCUGCCGAACCACCCUCCGCCGGGGAUGACCGUUUCGCUCCACUAACGCCUCUUCGCACGCAGGACACGCCGUUUUUCCACAAAGAUUCCGAUGCAACCGUUCGUGAUGGCGGGAAGCGAGUCUCCGAGCUCGGCGCAGACGACGUGGGAGCAGGCGGCGUCAUCCGAGAGCGGCGUCAAGAGCAGCGGCGGCGGCAGCCUGCUCAACUUCUCGAUCGCCAAGAUCAUGGAGCCGGGCUCGUUCCAGAAGGAGUCGGCGAGCGGCUCGAAAAAGCGCUCGGCCAGCCCGACGUUCCCGACCGGCGGCGCCGUCGACACGUCCGCCUUUAAGAAGUACGUGCCGCGCGCCGCGCAGCAGCUGCUCAACUGUCCGGCCGCACUGCUCUACUACCACCCGGCGGCGGCGGCCGCCGCCGCGGCCAACGGCCAGGGGCUGCUCGGCGGCCGACGGCCCACAUCCACCUUUGACCUGCUGCGCUUGUACAACUCGCCGGCGCCCACGGCACCACCCGCUGCGGCCAAGGAGGUGACGAAGGCGGCCAAGCGGCCGUCCGGGCCACACAAGGCGUCGUCCUCCUCCUCGGUGGCGGCGGCGUCGGCGGCCGCCCCCGGAGGCGGCAAGCAGAAGAGCUUCACGUGCCCUGAGUGCGGCAAGGUGUUUAACGCGCACUACAACCUUACAAGGCACAUGCCGGUGCACACGGGCGCGCGGCCGUUCGUCUGCAAAAUCUGCGGCAAGGGCUUCCGGCAGGCGUCGACCCUGUGCAGGCACAAGAUCAUCCACACGUCGGAGAAGCCGCAUAAGUGCAACGUGUGCGGAAAAGCGUUCAACCGCAGCUCGACGCUGAACACGCACGCACGCAUCCACGCAGGUUACAAGCCGUUCGUGUGCGAGUACUGCGGCAAGGGGUUCCACCAGAAGGGCAACUACAAGAACCACAAGCUGACGCACAGUGGCGAGAAGGCGUUCAAGUGCAGCAUCUGCAACAAGGCCUUCCACCAGAUCUACAACCUCACCUUCCACAUGCACACGCACAACGACAAGAAGCCGUUCACGUGCAAGGUGUGCGGCAAGGGCUUCUGCCGCAACUUCGACCUCAAGAAGCACAUGCGCAAGCUGCACGACGCGUCGCCGGGCACGCACCGCGCCCUCGCUAGGUCGCACAGCCCCCAGGACCUGGUGGUCAGCUCGUCGUCGUCGCCCACCUCGUCCUCGGCUGGCCGCCAGUCGUCCUUCCACCACCACCCGGACGCCGCCUCCUCCGCCGCCGCAGCCUCCUUCCUCGCGCCCUUCCUGCUACCUCCCCACCACCCUUCGAUGCCCUCCUCCGUGGUCGGACCUUACAAGGUGCCCCUCUUAUGACUCGGAGCCGCCUCCUACCUCACCGCCGGCGCCCACGACCGACUGCACCUGACCUAGUCCCGGCCAGAUACAAACUCAAACUCGCGCCUUUCCCCCGACUUCUCGCGUAAAAAAUCUUUCUUGGGGAUUUUGUCUUAAUUUGUUCACUGGUAAAUAGUCCAAGAAUAUGGAUCAGAUGAAAGAAAAACAGUAUGCUUUGGCAGAAAUUAAAGUAGUAAAUUUUUUGACAGUGCGAAUGGAUUUCUGCGGGUCUAAGUAGAUAAAAGGUUGAUAAAUCAAUCUGUUGACAAUUCUACACGACAUGCCAAAAAUCGGUGCAAAACUUAAAACCGAUAGUUUAGCGGUUCUUGGUUGAACCAAGAAAAGUAGCUCUGGCUGUCGCUGUGUCGCUGCCGUCUCGAUCUUAUGCCAGAAGUACGUCCGCAAUCAGAGAUUGGUUGCCAGCGUUCUUGUAGCACUUUUUUCUUGGUUCAUACCAAAAACCGCUCAUGCAACGGUUUUUUCGUUUCCGGCAAUUAUCGGCACGUCAAGUCGAAUUGCUAACCAAGAAACUCAGUUGCCUAGCCUAAUUCGACCCUUAGAGGUUAAAAAUUGUCAAAAAUUAAAUACCAGUUCCGCUUUAAUAAAAAUGAAUUAUAAAUAAUUCAUCGAUAAGUCAAAAAAAUCCAGAAUCGUACUGAGAAUGAAGAUUUUAUCACAACAGCAAAUUAAAAAAUUGGACUGCUCUAAAUUUAAUUAAAACAUAUGGUAUUUCCAGAGUCGUAAUAUUUUUGGAAAUUAUGUCACACUCCUGAAAUCUUAGCCUUCCUUUUUUUAAUAUCAAGAAUAAGUUUUAUCAAAAGUUUACCAAAUUUCACCUGUUAAUUAAGAUUGAUUUAAUUUUUCCCUCAAAUAACUCUUUAUUCUUGUGUUCUGCAAUAGAAGUGCAAUAUUUUCUUCCUCAUGAGUUUUAAAUCGCGGGAGAAGGAUGGCCGAGUUACUUGUCUGCCGGGUUGUGUUUAGCAUCAGGAAAUGCUGAGCGGUCGAUCAUUGUGUUAACAAGUUGUCGUGCUAAUCAAAAUUGAAACGAACUGCUGAUUGCAAAUUUUGAUAAUUAGGUUAGUAGAGAUCUCACUUAAUUGGUUAUUUCCGAUCGAUAUGAUCUGCACCAAGAAGAAUUCCAUAUAUAGGCGACUGGAAUUGUUUUCCACCUUUAACUAUUUUCAGUUUCUGUAUUAAGGCUGUACACUCCCUUGGAGAUUGUUUAAAACACGCUGCAGGAUCAUGGAGAACCCCGAAUGAAUUUCUUCUGUCCCUGACAUUGCUGCAAAAAAUAUAUACUUAGAAGAUUUUAGGAAAGGUGCAAAAUGUUUCUGAUGCAUUUAUUUCAAUAUUAGAAUUUAGAAAAUUAUAAUUUUGGCUCGAAACAUUUUUUGUGGCAUCUCUCAGUGCAAAAACGACUCGAAAACGAAUUUUUGCUUUGGGGGUUUCCGCAGAUUCUUCGAGCGUGUACCUCUGUUUAAGUCAAUAGCAGCAGCUAGAAAAUUGUAAAAAUAAAAGAAAGGGACACCGAAGAAAAUUCCGAUCGAAAAUAGUUCCUCGACUCACGCGCGCCCUUUUUUCGCGCAUGCAGCGUAAUCUGUGGGGUGCCGCGCGAGAAUCGGCGAGUAUUGAAUUUUUAUGACGCAAUGAUGUGCGCCUGACAUGUCAGUAGCCAAUAGCGUGUGUAGCGCGCCGGGUCAAAGGAGGGUGCUCCAAUCAUAACCAAUUCGCGCCAUCUUGCGCAUUCUUCUGGCGAGCAGAGAGAUCAAUGCUCCUGUGUGCUGCUGCUGCUGCUGAAAUCCAACUUUUCGUCUCCCCAAUUUGAUUUGCCUUUCUCUCCGUUUCUCUCUCUCUCUCUCUCUCUCUCUCUCUCUCUCUCUCUCUCUCUCUCUCUCUCUCUCUCUCUCUCUCUCUCUCUCUCUCUCUCUCUCUCUCUCUCUCUCUCUCUCUCUCUCUCUCUCUCUCUCUCUCUCUCUCUCUCUCUCUCUCUCUCUCUUGUAGCUUUUAUAUUAUAUACAGUACAUGUGAUAAUAUUGAUUAGUUGUGCGCGCAGCGGCGGCGUCGGCUGGCUGUCCGCCGAUGAUACCUUACAUAAUAUAAUAGUCAAGACCAACACGUUUUUUGUAAUCGACCGUUUUAAUAGUGCUGGAGAGAUAAUCCAAAAGAAGAUGUCCGCGCGUGUGCUGUGCUAGAACAAUAUAAAUGCAAACAAAUCCGAGGACAUUUUAGCAAUGCGAUAAACAUAUAAAAAAAGCUAGACAAGGAAGAUACCAAAAAUGUUUAUUUCCCUGUAUGUUGUAUAAAUAAAUGUCUAGAGAAGGCAGUCUCUUGAAUUUCAAA